GAGGAGCCAUUUAGAACUGCUCCUUAUAAAAACAAGUAAAAAUGGGAUAUGCUGCUAAAUAGACAGAUGAUUGCUUUAUCCAUAGUCCUUCCUCCUCUAUUUUAAAAUGAAGUAGCUCCCAUACGUGUGACAUCUGUGCUCUUCAUUUGAAGGCAGAGAGAGUCAUUCAAGGAUGCAUCAGGCAGAGAGCAAGGGAGCAACACUGGUUACAGAAAAAGCUAUGAAGUUUUUAGUAUGUAGAAUUUUUUUCAUGAACUCCUCCAAAAAAGUGUGUGUUUUUUAUGCAGUUCUCCAAAAAUAUAUUCAAAGUUUCCUAGAAGCCAGAUUUGAUACCUGUACAUUGGUAGAGUGACCUGGUUUUCCCAGCUACACUGGUUGUCUUAAAAUAUAUCCAAUGUUUCCACAAGGACUAAUGAAUAAGGAGUAACCUGAAGUGUAACCAGGCUAAACUAUGCUACAGAACCAGAUUUCUCCCUCCAAACUGAAAUGCUCCAGCUUAUUCUGAACUCAUGCCCUUUUCUUGUAGUGAGGUGUUUACAAACCAUCAGAUUUUACUUUUUAGAUUUAGGGUGUCCAAAGUGAGUUGUGCUUUAUGCUAACCAUUAACGACCUCAGAAUCAGGCCAUAUGUGUUUAAGCUGAAUGUGCAGAGGCAGACUGUCCUCUGCUCAUGCUGCAGUGCAUUAGCUAAUCUUUAAAGAAGGAUUAGUGAGAAGCUUUGUCCAUGGACAGGUUAGCUGUGGCUGUACCUGGCUGUGCAAGUUUGUCCAGGAUUCUCAGAGGUGUAUGAUACCAAUCAGUGUCUGGAGGCAAGAUGGUGGACUAGAUGGACCAGAGGUGCGAGCCAGGGUUACAACUUCCAGAAGUGAGGGGACAGACAGAGUAGUGCCUGCCUGGAUUCCUGUGCAGCACAAAACACUUGCCAUAUGUUGCAUCGUCAGAAGAGGAGUCUCAGGGAUUCACACACUUGGACUUUACUGAAUCAGGCUGCGUCUGCCAAGCAAUCUAGUCUGCAUUUUGGUUAGCUGAAGAUCAACCAGGAUUUUUCUGAUUAAAUCUACUUCUGAAUAAAAGAAUGCAUGGCAUAGAAAGAAGGUCUAAAUGCCUGUCUGAGACUAUUCUACUGAACCAGGGAUAAAUGUUGCUUCUCAAAGGUACUGCUACGUGAUUUACAAUGGAAAAAUUGCUCUGUGGCAUCCUGGUGUUUGGAAUGGCUGUCAUGGUCAAUGCUUGUCCCAAAUACUGCGUCUGUCAGAACCUGUCUGAGUCACUUGGGACUUUGUGUCCCUCAAAGGGUCUACUGUUUGUACCUCUAGACAUAGACCGAAGGACUGUUGAGCUUCGACUUGGGGGAAACUUUAUUAUUAAUAUCAGCCGACAGGAUUUUGCCAAUAUGUCUGGGCUUGUUGACCUCACAUUGUCCAGAAACACCAUCAGUUAUAUACAGCCGUACUCUUUCACUGACUUGGAGAGCCUUCGGUCUUUACAUCUGGACAGCAACAGGCUGCCUGACAUUGGAGAAGAUAUUUUGAGAGGCUUAAUAAACCUCCAGCACUUGAUUUUAAACAACAACCAGCUAACCAGCAUCUCUGAUGAAGCCUUUGAGGACUUUUUGCUGACGCUGGAAGACUUAGACCUUUCCUACAAUAACCUCCGAAGCAUUCCCUGGGAAUCUAUAAGGAAGAUGAUAAACUUGCACCAGCUCAGUUUAGAUCAUAACCUGAUAGACUAUAUAACAGAGGGGACGUUUGCAGAUCUUCAGAAAUUAGCCAGAUUGGAUCUAACAUCCAACAGACUUCAGAAGCUUCCCCCUGACCCUAUCUUUGCCAGAUCUCAAGUAAUUCCAUUAGCUGUUACCCCGUUUUCUCCACCUUUGUCUCUCAGCUUUGGGGGUAACCCACUGCAUUGCAACUGUGAGCUGUUGUGGUUGAGGAGACUUGACAGGGAUGAUGAUAUGGAAACCUGUGCUUCUCCUCCGAGUCUAAAAGGAAGGUACUUCUGGUAUGUACGGGAGGAAGAAUUUGUUUGUGAGCCUCCUCUUAUCACACAACACACUCACAAGUUGCUGGUUUUAGAAGGGCAAACUGCCACACUGAAAUGCAAAGCCAUUGGGGAUCCCACACCCAUCAUUCAUUGGGUGGCCCCUGAUGACCGCCUCAUCGGAAACUCUUCGAGGACAUCUGUCUAUGACAAUGGCACCUUAGAUAUUCUCAUCACCACAUCCAAGGAUUAUGGGACUUUCACGUGCAUAGCAGCCAAUGCUGCUGGAGAAUCUACUGCAACAAUAGAGCUCUCAAUUGUUCAGCUCCCUCAUCUCAGCAAUGGCACAGGCCGAGCUGCCCCACCAAAGUCCAGGCUUUCAGACAUCACCAGCUCCAGCAAGUCUAAUCGAGGGGAAACAAAAGGCCCACCAGAAAGGGCUGUCCUGGUGUCAGAAGUGACCACUACCUCAGCUUUGGUGAAGUGGACAGUGAGCAAGUCAGCCCCUCGGGUAAAAAUGUAUCAAUUGCAGUAUAACUGCUCGGAUGAUGAAGUCCUGAUCUACAGGAUGAUUCCUGCUACAAACAAAGCCUUUGUUGUAAACAACCUUGUUUCUGGAACAGGCUAUGACCUCUGUGUUCUGGCAAUGUGGGAUGACACCGCCACUACUCUUACUGCCACCAAUAUUGUGGGGUGUGCCCAAUUCUUCACCAAAGAAGACUACCCUCAGUGCCAGUCGAUGCACAGCCAUUUCCUGGGUGGGACCAUGAUUCUGAUAAUUGGGGGCAUCAUUGUGGCAACUCUGUUGGUGUUCAUUGUAAUACUCAUGGUCCGCUACAAGGUCUGCAACAACUCCCAGGGGAAGAUGUCCAGCGUCAGCAAUGUCUACUCACAGACAAAUGGAGCACAACCGGUUCAGAACGGGGUCCUGCCCCAAGUCAACCCCAAAGUGGUGGUGAGAAACGAACUUAUGGAGUUUAACUCUGGGUCUGUGAGAAGCAGCAUCUCCUCUUCUUCCAGCUCUAUGAAUAGCCGCGACUGUGAUAACUACAGCCUCCAGAGUGAACAGGGCACAUUGUCCAGUAAGUGGAGGCCCCCAUCCAGAUCAAAACACAACAUUGAUCGUCUAAUGGGAGCUUUUGCCUCCCUGGAACUGAAAUGUCAGAAAAAGGAGGAGACGACAGACUCCAGAACUUCCACGGCGGCCCGCCAUUCGGACAAAGAACCACUGCUGGGCCAGCCGGAGUCCAAAUUUCGCAGCCUCCUCAUGUUGCCUCUGGAGGGCAAAACUAAACGUAGCCAUUCUUUUGACAUGGGAGACUUUGCUACAUCUCAGUGUUGUACCUACCCAAAAAAGAUAACGAACAUUUGGACAAAGAGGAGCCUCUCGGUGAAUGGCAUGCUUUUACAGUAUGAUGACAAUGACCUAACAGGGGCAAAAGGGACUUAUGGGAGUUCAGAAUGGGUAAUGGAAAGCACAGUGUAGAUAUCAGUGUCUCCCCCCAUCUUCUCCACUUGUGUGUUAUAAAUCAUGGUUUGCUGCAGUAGCAUGCUGCUGCUGCAUUUGGAAAGAGAGGGGAGGAAAGGUUUUCAAUUGUACUGGCUAAAAAGAUAGGUAAAUAAAUAAGUAAUUGGGGUGCUAAAAGAGAAAGAACGUCUUGCAAUGUGAAUAGGCACAUAUGGCACCAUCCCUGUUGGUCCCCAGCUGAAACAUGUGUGAAUGUUUCAAGAAAUUUACUGUUGUAUUUAUCAUUGCUUUCCAAAAGUUUUUCAGAUUCUUGGUGAACUGUCAAACAAGAUUAAACAAAGAGGAUGAAAAGGGGUUUAAGAGCAUAAAUUUAAUUUUAAAGGUUUUCUUUCUUUUUUCUUUCUUUUUUCUUUUUUUUUUUCUUUU